AUGUUUCGUUUUACCGAGCUUGUUUUCGUGGCCGCUACUUGGUCGCUCGCCGCUGCACAUACCGUUAUCGUCUACCCACCAUGGAGAGGAAACAACAUCCACACUAAUGGAACCAUGUCCGACACAGACCCAACUAUCCCAGAUGGGUCGCUCGGAAUCAACUACCACAAUGACACCGGCACAUAUGGGUUUCCGUAUGGCAUGCAAUGGAUGUACCCAUGCGGCGGUAUGCCAAUGUCGCAAAAUCGCACAAAGUGGCCGUUGAAGGGCGGCGCCGUCUCAAUCCAACCCGGAUGGUUUCCAGGGCAUUCGCUUGCCAUGUUCUACAUCAACAUGGGCUAUGGCAAUGAACCUCUAAACUACUCGCACACAAUGGUACCAGUAUUUCAAAUUCAAGGCCCUUCGAACCAGCAAUAUCCUGGCCAGUUCUGCCUACCGCAAGUACCGUUACCUGCCAACUAUACGCCUCAAGUUGGCGACAAUGCGACAAUCCAAAUUAUUGAGCUUGCGCAACAUGGCGCUGCUCUCUACAAUUGCGCCGACAUCACUUUCGCCGAACCAGAGGAUGUACCGGAGGUCAACCAGACAAACUGUGAAAACACAACAGCGCCAGGCCAGCACAUUGGUUUUCAAGUUGUAUACGCAACAACAUCAUCGCCAGCACCACACAACAUGGUCUUCAAUAGCUAUGCAUCGAUAGUGGUACCUGCAAUGCUUGCAGCUGCCUCAUGGAUAACAUGGGUCGUCUAA